CAGUCGUGGGCCAGCCUUGCUCCGGGCUUUCUCACACGUCGGUUUGUCCGGUUUCGGCGGCUAACGACAAUAACUACGCAACGGUCGCGACAAUCGAGUGUGCCUUGAAGUUCAAGCAUCGUUUGUUUCUAAUUGGGACGGUACGGUCCAGGGAACCAGUAUCGGGAUUGGUGGACGAUGGCGGUCGGAAUUCAGAUACAGUCGUUUGUCUUGUUAGUGAGCCCUCAACUUAGACGGAGUCAACUUUGAGGAAGAGUGCGCUCAGUGAGUCACUGUAGAGGUGUGUUGUGUGUAAUGUACCAGUGACCAACAUUUCGAAGGCAAUCUGCCGCUAGCAUUUAAAUUGAAUUCGCCUGAGCCGCCAAACCACAACAGUGAAAUUAGCAUUUUACAGUUCAGUGAACUUCGCAUGUGUCGUUUGUGUCGCGACAGUCGUUGAGGUGGGCAAGAAGACUAAAAACUUCCCCCACCGUUUUGCUCUGGCCGGUGUUCGUGCUGAUACCGUACGUGUUUGCAUGCAAAUAUGGUGCACCUUUAUCAGACGGCCGCUCCGGAACGGUCCCCGAUGGAGAAGGCGGGCAGCUUUAUGUCUAGCUUUAAGGGACUGUUUUCCCGAACGAACCAGUCGAAGGUAGGCACGAACCAUAAAACCACCGGUCGCUCAUCGCGCCCAUCACCAAAGGCACCGAUUGCUUCGCCAGAGUCGGGAAGUGAACCAUCGUCGCUAGUGUUGCCACGGUCUCCCGAAGGCCAGCCAUUGACGGUACACCGUACCGUGACGAUACAUCUACCCCAUCACGGUGACAAUCGGUACGAUAUCAGAAAGACAGCCGAGGGCCCAGACAGGCGCGAAACGGCAAAGGAUCGAAGGCGCGCCAAAUCAGCGAUUAAAUCCGUCAAGCGACGCUCCUUCGGCAAACGCAUCAACAACCUGUGGAGCAACUUUGGAUUGCUGCGAAGUUCGGAGAAAAUCGUGGAGUUUGCCAACGGUCAUGCUGCAUUUCAACACGUGCGCGAAAAUUUGACCGAUCUCAAUGGGCGCUCGGAAGCGAACGAAACGGACCUGGUAUUUCUGCAAGGAAUAUUGGCCAAUCCAGCCGUCACGCAGUUGAUAAAGAUCCAAGACAAACUCGAGGAAGCACCAGCGCCACUGCGUCCAGUACGAGUGGACAACGCGCCCCUGCUGAAGGAGGUGAUCGAUCGCUGUAGCCUGUCGAGGAAUCCGCACGCCCGUGAGCUCGCCCGCAUCUUCCGCUAUCCCCACUUUCGCGCCCUGCUCGAAGCACACGACGAGAUCGGAGAAACGCAGCUCGAGCAGCUAAGACAGCAACCAUCAGCUCCGUCAGCAACAUCCCCUGUACCGACGGGUUCCAGUCCGGGCAGUAACGGGCAGCGCAGUCCAUCCAGUGAAACCGACGGUUCCGGUGUAGAGCUGCUCACGAUCAACGAUAUGCCGGGAGAAACGAUCAAGAUGGUCGGUAUCCGGAGAAAUCCGGACGAACCGCUCGGGCUGACGGUGGAGGUGGACGAACACAAUCAGCUGGUCGUGGCCCGAAUCAUCGCCGGCGGUAUGAUCGAUCGCCAGGGGUUGCUACAUCCGGGCGACGUUAUACUGGAGGUGAACGGGGUGCCCGUGACCACGCCCGAAGAGCUGCAGGGUGAGAUAUCGGUCGCGAAGGAAUCGGUAACGUUGAAGAUUGGACCGAGCGUGGAGGAGGAGAUGAAAUCUACCCGCAUCACCAUGGCCGGUGGACAGGUAAAGAAUGGAAGAAAUUUAGACUCGGGCAAGAAGCUGACGUGCUACAUGCGCGCCCUGUUCGACUAUGACCCAAACGAGGACAAUCUGCUGCCGUGCAAGGAGAUCGGGCUGUCGUUUAUGCGCGGUGACAUACUGCAAAUCAUCAACGUGAAGGAUCCGAACUGGUGGCAGGCAAAGCAUGCCGGGGAGGACGGGCCGACGGGGCUGAUACCGUCCCAGGAGCUGGAGGAACGUCGCCAGGCGUACGUACCUCCGGAGGCAGAUUUCGUGCACAAGAUAGGCAUUUGCGGAACAAGGAUUUCAAAAAAGAAGCGAAAGAUACUGUACAAAACGAAGCAGAACGGAGAGUUCGAUAAGGCGGACCUGAUGCUGUACGAGGAAGUUACCAAAAUGCCACCGUUCAAGCGGAAGACGCUGGUGCUGAUCGGUGUGGCGGGCGUCGGUAGACGAACGCUUAAAAACCGACUGAUCAACAGUGAUCCGGACAAGUUUGGAUCCGUAUUGCCACACACUUCCCGUCAACCGCGACCACUGGAGGAAUCGGGCAAAGCGUACUGGUUUAGCGAUCGUGAAGAUAUGGAGCAGGAGAUAAGGGAGAACAAGUUCUUGGAGUUUGGUGAGCACAACGGGAACUUGUACGGAACCCAUCUGGACUCGAUUCGUGACGUUAUUCGGCAAGGUAAAAUGUGUGUUCUGGAUUGUUCACCGGCGGCGUUGAAAACGCUACACAAUAGUCCAGAGUUUAUGCCGUUCGUCGUGUUUAUUGCCUCACCGGGAAUGGAACAGCUGAAGUUGCUGUACUCGGAGCGUCGAUCGGCGAGUGGUUCCACGAGGAAUUUACAUUUCGAUCGUCAAAGCUCUAUACGCUACAGCUCGCGCCGUGCAAAGACACUGGAAUCGUUGGCAUCGUUGUACGAGGACGAUGAUCUUAUAUCGGCUGUCGAGGAGAGUGCACUGCUCCAGCGCAAGUACGACAAGUACUUGGACAUGGUCAUUGUGAACGAAGACUUCGAUGACACAUUCCGACAGGUGACGGAAGCGCUCGAGCAGCUGUCACACGAACACCAGUGGGUACCGGUGAACUGGAUCUACUAGAGCUCCGCGUGACGGAAUCGCGUAAUAUGUGUUCAAACAUCAUUCGACCAGCGUCAAGUAAUACAAGUAAUAGUUCAAAUAGCCAUAUAGCAAUGCAUUCAUUCUGCUACAUACGCUCCGUGAAGGCAGCACGGCAAUAGCGAAACGGUCGAGUCGUCGAGAAUGUUGCCUUUCAAAGACUCUUGUACACUCCAGAUGCCUUACCACACGCACGAUAUCGUUAGCAAACGAGUAUCAACCAAACAAUAUUACCGCUUUACAUGUGGCGAAAGGAAAACAAAAAAAAAUCAUGCAAUCAUCAGGAUCAAGAUAUCGCGCAAGUACUAUCACACCCGUCAUUGUAUCCGCACGUACGUCCGCUUUAUCACCUUCAGCUCGUAUCAGCGUAAGCGCCUUUCGAUGUUAGUAUUUUACCCCGUAGCGUUUAAGAUCGGAGUCGAAUUCGUCCAGCCCUUAUUUCGUCCUGUACUGUUUCAAUUUCGUGCAAAUCGUUUUAGCGCGAGGGUCGUCGAAUUGGAUUCGUGUGGAGUUUUUUAGACAAUGGUAUUUAACGUGUAAGAUGAGUUUUAUUCGUUUACUUUACAUUAUUGCUAUAAUUUUGCUCUUCCGGUACCGUCCUUUGAGUUGUGAGAGAGAGAGAGAGAGUUAUAUGUUCAGUAGAAACGUAGGAAAGAACAAGGAAAACGAUAAUAAGAAAUGAAACAAAACAAGAGAAAAAUUCUUUUGCUUUUGCUAGCCUUUAAGCAACCGUGUACCGAUGGUUCAAGCUGUUUGUUUUAUGAAAUCUGUUGUAGCAUUUCAUCGAAUUUUAUAUGUUAUGCGAAAUAAAGAUCUAGAACUGUACGUGAAA